AUGAACCUCUUGUUUAUUUUAAGUUUCUUCAGUACCGCCGUCGUUGCUUCGGCCAAGUCCUGCCCUCCCCCGGGAUCUAGCGACAACCAAGGCCGGUAUAGCUGCAACCCUGCCCACCAGUACCCAAACGGUCAGAUGUGCCGACCCAUCAACGGUUGCUAUUUCCUGGAAACGGCUGACGGAGGCAAUCCGUUUGCCUCCCCUGCCCCCGGCCCUGCCCCCGACUGCCCUCCCCCGGGAUCCAGCGACAACCAAGGCCGGUACAGCUGCAACCCUGCCCACCAGUACCCGAACGGUCAGAUGUGCCAGCUCAUCAAUGGAUGUUAUCUCUUGACAACGGUCUGA